AGCGUGCUUCCUAAUAAAGGUCGGAUUAAUUACAAUUAAUUAUGAAUGAAGGAACAAUUUUCCGUCAGAAAUAUUACUUAAAGUCUGGCCAGUAAUUUUCUUUUGAUUUUCAUUGUGGCAUCCCUUGCAUCAUGACGAAGUUCCUUCAGAUCGUGUUUGUAAUCGUGGCGAUACUGUGGCUUGAAGUGGACAGCACUCCAUUGUUCCAAGGGAUAAGCUUCCAAAGAGGUUUCGAACUUAACUUUAAACCUCUGCCAAGGAAGCCGUUAACGUUUCUAAGACAAAAAUGGUCACCGUUCGGAGUUUUUGGAACAAAGCAUUCAAUUCAGAAGAGGAGCCCUGGUGCUGUUGUGGUGCCAGUUGAGGCAGCAUCGCCAGCGCCAAUUGUUUCGGGACCAAUCAGACCUGCACCAGUGUUCGAGCACGUUGAGGAACAUUUAAACCCUCCUCCUUAUAUAGCUGUACCUAAUCAAACACCUAGAUCUGUAAUACCGCUUAUAUCUUCUCCAGUAGUUCCAAUUGGUACGCCUAUACAACCUAUUUCCCCUAGUCCUUUGAUAAUUUCAUCCCCAGCACCUCCUUCUAUGCCUUUAAGUGUUAUUGUGACCCCUACUCCUCGCCCUAUAGUAAAUAGUGUACCACCGCCCUCUCUAUAUAAUGACAUAGUCAUGCCACCUAACCAAUCAAUUGCCAAUGAUGUAAAAUUAGAAGGCGCUCUGCCUCCUUUAUCCUCGAAUAUGGUUAUACCACCACGAUUUACUGAUAUCUCGAGAGCUGAACCAGUAAGAGAAUUUAUGGAAUCGAAUCAAGCAGUACCACCUUCUUUUGCCGUAGAGGAGAAAGUUGCACCACCAUUGGAGACAAAUAGUAUUAAACCAGAAGUCCCCAAAAGUGGUUUUGCAUUAAAUGAUAGUUCACUGGUCAGAGGCUCGAAGAUGGCCUUGUAUUUUGGAAGUAUUUUCCUUCAGCUGAUGUCACAGUUUAUGUCUAAUGCUAGAGCAACUUUUGAUCAAAUGACUAAUCCGCCCCCAGUGUAUAAUAAUUAGCAUUUUAUAGUGACUAGUAUACCUUAGAAUUUGAGU